AAAGUGGAGUUGGUGUUCAUACCAUCGCCGGCGGUGGGCCACAUAACGGCGCUGGCGGAACUGGCCCGGCAGCUCGCCACCAGAGACCCCAACCUCUCCAUCACCAUCCUCAUCAUGCACCUCCCCCACGGCGACGCCAACUACGCCAGCCACACCAAAUCACUCGCCGCCGCCGCGCUCUCCGACCGGGUCAAGUUCGUCGACCUCCCACCCAACGACGCCGCCGUCGACCCCACCGUGAAAGACGUCGUCAAAUUCUUCAUGGACUCCUACAAAUCCCACGUCCGCGACGCCGUCGCCAAGCUCGUCCAGGCCUCCCCUCUCGUCUCCGGGCUCCUCGUCGACAUGUUCUGCACCACAUUCAUCGACGUCGCCGACGAAUUCGGCCUCCCCAGCUACAUCUUCUACACCUCCGGCGCCGGAUGCCUCAAUCUCACCCUCCAUCUCCAGAAUCUCCGGGACAACCACAACACACCGGUCACCGAUUUCAACAACCCGGAAGCCAAUUGGAACAUCGAGGGCUUCAAGAACUCGAUUCCGGGCAAAAUCCUGCCUCGUCCUGUUCUCAACCCAUUCCUCUGCGACGGAUUUUUGGAUUUCGUCAAACGGUACCGAGACGCAAAGGGAAUUUUAAUCAACACGUUUCCAGAUCUGGAAACCACCACAAUCGAGCACCUAUCGAAGGGAGAAACCCCUCCGGUCUACCCGGUCGGACCAAUUUUAGAGCUGAAGCGGGAAGACGCUACCGGAGAAGGAAGAGGCAGCGAGAUCUUGACCUGGCUCAACGAACAACCGCCUUCCUCUGUUCUCUUCCUCUGCUUCGGAAGCAACGGUUGCUUCAACGAAACCCAAGUGAAGGAAAUCGCCACCGCCCUCGAAAAUUCCGGGUUCAGGUUCCUCUGGUCCUUGCGCCGCCCACCUCCGAGAGGCGUGGUCUCGUUCCCCCUGGACUACGAGAACCCGGCCGAGAUCCUGCCGGAAGGGUUUCUGGAGAGGACGGCCGGAGUAGGGAAAAUCAUCGGGUGGGCGCCGCAGGCCGCGAUUCUGGCCCACCCGGCGGUGGGUGGGUUCGUGUCGCACUGCGGGUGGAACUCGAUUCUGGAGAGCCUGUGGUUCGGGGUGCCGAUCGCGGCGUGGCCGAUCGACGGGGAGCAGCAGCUGAACGCGUUUCAGAUGGUGGUGGAGUGGGGGUUGGGGGUGGAUGUGAAGAUGGAGUACAGCAAGGAGUUCGGAAUGGCGGAGGAGGAUGUUAUUGUGGUGGGGAGCGAGGAGAUUGAGAAGGGGAUUAAGGGUUUGAUGGCGGAAGGGAGCGAGGCGAGGGAGAAGGUGAAGAAGUUGAGCGACCGGAGCAGGGAUGCGCUGGCGGAAGGUGGGUCGGCCGAGGUCGCUUUGAACCGGUUCAUCGCCGAUGUGAUUAAGAAUUUGGGGUGA